ACCACAAAAAGGCAACAUUGCUGGGACCUCAGUGUUAGAACUUUGCAAAUGUGCUCGGAUCUAUCACAGCUGCCCUCUGUUUUAGGAUCUUGUACCUAUUUAUCCCAGAGAGCUUCGUUGUUUUUAAAGGAACAACAGGUCAACCAAAAGACAACCACCAAGUCCAAACAAGAAACACUACAUAAAUCCAGACAUCCUGUUAAUGGAACAUUGUUGACUUCAUGGAAACGGCUUUAAUGAAAAAGACUCUGAGCAAACACAAUAAAACACUCCCCAGUGCUGGGAAAGCCCUCGCUAAUAUCUCCACCAGCUCAUCUUUAAGACAGGCUUCAAAAUCCACUGUUUCAGACCCUUCCAUGCUUUUGUCAGGAGUGGGUUUAAAUUCUACCCUUAAAACAAGCACUGGGAAGAAGAGGCCGGGGACUGUGGUGGUAUCAAAACGAUCAAGUACUGGGUGCACGUCUCAGGAUCAGUGGGAUCGGCCCGUCAUUCCCCCGAGAAGACCUGGCUUCAGGAUCUGCCAUAUCUGUGGCAAAGAGUUUGGGUCACAAUCUCUUCCUAUCCACGAGCCAAAAUGCCUGGAGAAGUGGCAGAUAGAAAACGAUAGGUUGCCCAAACAUCUCAGAAGACCACCACCCGUUAAACCUCAGGCCCUUCCUGGAAUAUCUCUCGGUACGAUGGCUGAAAACGCAGCAGCUACUCAAAGUUACAAGCUCCUACCCUGUGAACACUGUGGCCGUACUUUUCUUCCAGAUCGUCUUGCUGUGCACCAAAAGAGUUGUAAACCAAAAGCCAGUUCAGGUCCUUCGAGCUACAGCUCGCCUAAAUCACAUAGAUCCACUGGGCCUGCAUCUUCCACCUCAGACAAGCCUGCAUUUGUACGGCGACCCCCAACCGUUAUUUGCUACAUUUGCGGCCGAGAGUAUGGAACUCAAUCCAUAAGCAUCCAUGAACCACAGUGUCUGAAAAAAUGGCACAUUGAGAAUGAUCAGCUGCCAAAACACUUAAGAAGACCCGAACCCAAGAAGCCAGAGGUCGUAUCCAUAGGAGCCAAAGGUUACUAUGAUCUGGAUGCCUUAAACGAGUCUGCCUGGCAAAGUGCCCAGGCCCAGUUAGUUCCAUGCAAUAUUUGUGGUCGUACCUUCCUGCCAGACAGGCUGAUCGUCCACCAGCGCUCAUGUAAGCCGAAGACACCGAAAUAAAACGUUCCUCCUUUCAAGCCAAAGUUUUUAAAGAACAAGACUCUUCUCUGACCUACAGGGCAGAGGUCUCAGCAAUGAAGAAUCAUAGCGCUAUGUCGAAUCAAGUUCCAAAAAUGACCUGUGUGCAAUUAACUGAAUAUUGAUUAUGUAGGUGAAAUAUGGACAUGCCAUUUCUAAACAGUGUUUUGCAGCAGUGGCAUUGACCACGUGGUCCAUAAGGAUGAUGGGAGUUCAACUUCUCCGGCAUUCUUCAGAGCAGAUCGUGGCCUUAAGACUUCACAGUGAAUACCAUUGUUUCUCAGUCACACACUGUUAUGAAGUGGCUAUGCCUUUUCAGACCCAAGAGUUAGUAAAUCAUGUUUAAGAAUACUUCUUUUUACUGAGGAUGUUUCCGUUAAAAGGUCCUAUCUGCAGCAAAAUGAGGACAAUAAAAGCUUUGGUAGGCUUCUUCAAAA